AUGUCUCCCAUUCGUGUCGGUCUCAUCGGUCUUUCCACUGGCUCCAAGAGCACUAGCUGGGCCAGCACAGCUCAUCUGCCAUACCUCCUCUCCGAACAGGGCAAGGCUCACUACGAGAUCAAGGCUUUGUGCAACUCGUCCGUUGACAGCGCAAAGAAGUCUAUCGAGCACUACAAGCUCCCUGGAGAUGUCAAGGCCUAUGGCUCUCCCGACGAUCUGGCCAACGACAAGGACAUCGAUCUGGUUGUUUGCGUUGUCGGUGUCGAGGGACAUUACAAGCUCUUGAAGCCUUGUGUUGAGGCUGGCAAGAACUGCUACACUGAGUUGCCUCUAGCAUCCAACAUGGAUCAGAUUAGAGAAUUGGUCUCUUUGGCUGACAAGAAGGGCAUCAAGACCAUGUUCGGAUCUCAAGGCCAGGCUGCUCCUGUUGUCAAGCUCCUGCAGAAGGUCAUUGCCGACGGCAAGAUUGGCAAGGUUNUCACCUGCUUGCUCGAGGUCUUUGGCGAGCUUGAGUCCUUCGACACUAUCAUGGGUAUCGAGCGUCCCAAGGUCGAUCUCAUUGAUCUUGAGAACCAAGGCAAGGUCGUCGACACAAUCACCAAAGACACACCAGACAACAUUGCCAUGCAAGGACGCUUCAAGUCCGGUACUCUCCUGAACUACGAUCUCCGCUCCGCUGCUCCCUUCCCUGGUGAGCCUGGCGUGAGAUGGACCAUCAACGGAGAGAAGGGCGAGAUUCUCGUUACCAGCCCAUCUGCCAUGUUCGACAUUAAUCACGACGGCGUCAAGAUCCAGCUCCAUGAGACAGGCAAGGACAAUGCAGAGACCAUUGAGUUGCCCUCUGACAACUUGUCCGACCUCAAGCAUCCUUCGCAAAACGUCGGCAGACUGUACGAGGCCUACGCCAUGGGAGACACCAAGUCUUACUGCGACUGGAAGUUGGCACUCAGACGUCAUGAGUUGAUCGAGGAGAUGUUCCAGAGAGGCGAUGGAAGCAAGCCUUUCGGAGAGAAGGCUGCAUACCUCUCAAAGGAGAGCUCAUCGAGCGGCAAAUCUACUGGCUCAAUCCAGGGCAGCAAUGCUGAGGUCGAUGCCGAUGCUCAAGGCACCAUCAUCGCUGAUAGAGAGGUCAAGCCUCGCGAGAUCACACGCGAGGCUGGUUCUGGAAGUGCCCAGACCACAGUCCAGUCUCUGGAAGCAGAGGGCUUCGGUGCCUCUUCCGGACCUAACGAUCUGAGCAAGAAUGCAGGCAACCGCGAUCUUGCCUCGUAA